AUUUUUAUUGCAAACAAAUAUUUGAACUUCACCUGGGAAUGGAACAAAAAAUCCUCAACUCAUUUGGUGGAAUGAAUGAAGAAAGCAUUUGUGCUUUCCCAGAGGCAAGGUCAGAAAGAGGAAGUAGGAUAUUGUCGGAGAAUUUAACUCAUAUAUAGUAUAAAUGAAACAAAUGCCCAAGUGGCACUAUAUAGGAGUGUAGCAACUUACUGCAGGAACAUUGUUAUUCGCAUUCCUUGGUUGAUCUUUACCUUCCAUUUUUAGUACUAUGUUCACUCUUGCUCUGCUGUUUUAUAGGUCUAAAUAUCAAUUUUUGAAGUUCUACAUGGUCUUUCCAAUGCAUUGCUUGCUGCUAAGAAACGGGAUGGGGUAUGGUGUCUUUCAAUUGUGCAGUUCCUUAAUUCAAAAUGAUUUGCAUAUAUCCCUGGUGGUUGUCUAGAUGCUACAGUAUUUCAAGUUCUGCUGAUACACUCCAAUGGAUUCAGAUUAAAAGGAAAAUUAAACUUGAUUUGGACAUCUGUUUUUAUAUAGUUUUUUUAGUAUAUGCUGCUGAAUGUGGAGAUUCAAAUAUUUGAUACAAGAUGGUUUUACCAGGAUUUUUUGUGAUUGACAUGAACUUGUCCCAAAUGUUGGACAAAUGGACAUACUUUUGCUGCUUUAAGCUAUUGGCCAAUCACAGUUCUUGACAUUUUAGGAUCACUCUGCAAUUUAUGGCUGUUCAGGUCCUUAUGUUUUCUUGUGAACGUCUGACUUCUGAAAAAAUCAAGUAGCAUUGAUGUUAAAUCUGAUAGCUAUGCAAUGGAAACUGAAUUGGAGGUGGACCCUAUUCAAGUUGACUUGCUUCAUGGAAAGGCCUAUUCAGAUUGGGGACAUGCGAGUGAUGCUGUAUCUGUUUAUGAUCAGCUCAUCUCUAGUCACCCUAAUCAGUUUUGGGUUUACCUAGCAAAGGCAAUUAUAUUGAAAGAAAAUGGCAAUGUUGGGCAUACAGAGACAAUUCAGUUUCUACUUGCACUCCUUCAAACAUACAGACACAAAUACAAGCAUGCGGGCCACAUACUCAAAGCCUCGUGCAUAUAGCAAUCUUUCCAUGUUUCCAUGCAACCUAAUAGCAAAAUGUAGCCUACUGUUGUAUAAUGUUUAUCUGAUUGCAUGUGUGGACCACGAAAAGAAUUGUGGUCUUCUGUGGUAUCCUUUGUGAUGUGAACAAACUAAUAGAAACAAUUGCACGACUGGACAACCACAAACAUCAUUUGAUGUUAUAUUCAAAUUAUGUUCUAUAGCUACUUUUUGUUUGUAAUUGCAUUUGCCAUUGGCAGUGUGACUUGAUUCAUAGAAAUUUUCAAAUCAAUUUUACUUAUAUAUAUUUUGAAAAAAGGUUACCUA